CAUAGCCAAAAAGCAAAUUUUCUUGGAUAUCUAUGCAGGCGCAUCUCAUGGAUCCUGUCAAAAAGAAUCCUGGGAAUUUCGCCGUCGUACUGCUGUUCUUGAUGGGAGUUCUUUUUCUGUUCCGGCCUCCUUCUUUCUCUAGUCCGGUUCUGAUCCAGAAACCACCAUCAGAAAAAUUGCUUGAAUCUGCUUUGGCUAAAGCGUCCAUGGAAGACAAGACUGUGAUAGUGACGUUCAUGAACAAGGCUUAUGCAGAAGCAGAAGUUAAUGGAGACACCUCUAUGUUUGACCUAUUCCUGACCAGUUUCUGGCUAGGAGAAGGAACGAGGUCUCUUGUUGACCACCUUCUGGUUGUUGCCGCCGACCAGACGGCGUAUGAUCGGUGCCGGUUUCGCCGGCUGAACUGCUUCAGAUUGGAAACGGAGGGUUUUGAUUUUGAAGGGGAGAAAUUGUUCAUGUCUGCUGAUUUUAUUAACAUGAUGUGGAGAAGGACUCUCUUUCUCUUGCGAGUUCUCAAACAAGGAUACAGCUUCAUCUUCACGGAUGCUGAUGUGAUGUGGCUGAGAAAUCCGUUCACAAGACUUAGCACCGACAGUAAUGAGGACUUACAGAUCAGUACUGACAGGUACCUAGGAGAUCCAUGGUCGGAAAAGCAUGAUAUCAACACAGGAUUCUACUUCGUUCGAUCCAACAAGAAGACCAUUUCAUUGUUCGAAGCAUGGUACAGCAAGAAGGACAAUUCCAAAGGUCAAAAGGAACAAGACGUGCUUCAGGAUCUCAUAAGACAUGGCAUAACUAGACAGUUGGGAGUUCGAGUUAGGUUCAUAGAUAGUCUUUACUUUAGUGGGUUUUGUCAGGAUAGCAAGGACUUUAAAGCAGUCACCACCGUUCACGCCAACUGUUGCCGGAGCAUCACCGCCAAGAUCGCCGACCUUAAGGCCGUCCUCGGAGAUUGGAAACGGUUCAAAAUGUUGGAGGCAAGUAAGAGCAAUUUGACCAACACUGUUGAGUGGUCGGCUCACCAUAAAUGCAGCAAGUCCUGGAAUUAACAAGUGAUAUAUAUGUAUAUAUAGUUCUGUUGAAUCUGCUUGUAGUUUAGAGGAACAUGGUGAAACAGAUGUUUGGGAAUCAGGAGAAAUCCAUAGAAAUGUUUUAGAACUGUUCGAUAAAAUUUAAUCCAAUUUAAUCUGGGAAAUCGUAUAUA